ACACAAAAAAAAAGGAAAAAAAAAAAAAAAAAUGUUUUGUUCAAUCACGAGCAGACGGUUCAUCACUAAGUCACCCAUCUCUCUACUCUUUCCUCUUUCUCAAUCUUUGUCAACCAAACCCAUUUCACAAUCCCACACGGAUUUCGAUCCCACCGCAGUCCACGAAACCCUCUACUCCUACUGCAAUGACUGGAAGCGUGCUCUCGAUUUCUUCAACUGGGUCCAAACCCAAUCCCGUUUCCAACACACAACUCAUACGUACAAUCGUAUGCUCGACAUUCUAUGUAAGUUCUUCGAAUUCCAGCUUUCUUGGGACUUAAUUCAUCGAAUGAAAGCAAACCCAUUUUCCAAACCAGACCAUACCACCUUUCGGAUUUUGUUUAAGCGAUAUAUAUGUGCACAUUUAGUUACAGAAGCUGUAGGUAUUUAUGAUUCGUUAGACGAGUUUGGUUUGAAGGAUGAGAUGUCUUUUUGUAAUCUUAUUGACGCUUUGUGUGAGUACAAGCAUGUGGUUGAGGCCUAUGAUUUGUGUUUUGGGAAGAACAAGAAGUUUGGUGUUGAUGCAAAGAAUACCAAGAUUUAUAAUAUGAUUCUUCGUGGGUGGUUUAAGAUGGGAUGGUGGAGUAAGUGUAGGGAGUUUUGGGAAGAGAUGGAUCAAAUGGGUGUCCGUAAAGAUUUGCAUUCUUAUUCGAUAUAUAUGGAUAUAAUGUGCAAGAGUGGGAAGCCAUGGAAGGCUGUGAAGUUGUAUAAGGAGAUGAAGAAGAAGGGUAUAAGGUUGGAUGUGGUGGCGUAUAAUACUGUUAUUCGUGCGAUUGGUCUUUCGGAGGGUGUGGAUUGUUCUGUUCGAGUGUUUAAGGAAAUGAGGGACUUCGGUUGCAAGCCUGAGGUUGCGACUUAUAAUACGAUUAUAAAGCUGUUUUGUGAAAAUGGUAGAUAUAAGGAGGCUUAUGAGUUGCUCGAUCGAAUGCAUGAGAAGGGUUGUGUACCAGAUGUUAUCACGUUCAAUUGCAUUUUUAGAUGUCUUGAGAAGCCCAGAGAGAUUCUUAGACUUCUCGAUAGAAUGAUUGAAAGUGGAAUUCAUCCCAGGAUGGAUACAUAUGUGAUGCUUUUGAGAAAAUUUGGGAGAUGGGGGUUUCUUCGACCAGCUUUUAUUGUGUGGGAGAAGAUGGAGGAACUUGGGUGUAGUCCAGAUGAGUCUGCUUACAAUGCUUUGAUUGAUGCUUUGGUAGAUAAAGGAAUGGUAGAUAUGGCACGGAAGUAUGAUGAAGAGAUGUUAGCAAAAGGGCUUUCGGCUAAACCAAGGGAGGAGCUUGGGACAAAGCUCGUGAGUGUAGGAUCUCAUGACAGUGAUUUAUGAGAAGCAUAUUUAUCUGAGGAUGAAAUUUGUAAUUUAUUGGUGUGAUCUGAAGAUACAUAGUGCUGACAUGCAAAGUGGAUAUACCUCAAGAUUGUGACAAAGACUGCUAGCUAGAAGGCUCUAGGUUACAUACUGGUGAAAGAGUUUGCUGCAUUAAUGGGGGAUCUGUUAAGUGUUUGUGAUGGGCCCAUACUAAAGUGGAUGCUCUUUCCCUAUCUAUACCUUACAAGUGAAUGUUAAAAGCUUUUCUGGCUUAAGGAUGUUUGCAUCAUCUACACAUGCUCGGUUUUCACAGAAAAACCUCUGGACUAUACUGCAGGGCUGCCUAAUAUGAGCAUAUGUUCUGGGUGUUCUGGAGAGGUGGUUCUUUGGGAGCAUCGUCAUCUCAAUCAAAAUCAUUAGCAAAUGAAUAGCACAAAUACCCUAAUAUGGCUAGGGAAGUCAUUUUCAGGUGAUCGGCACAUAUAAGCACUAAGCACAUAGGCACCCAAAAGCCUGCAAAAUUAAUGUGCACAAACCCUGUUACAGAUAAAUGAAGGGGAAUCUGGUUGCAGAAAGGAGGAUGAAAAGUUAUGGUAGCUAGCAGGAAAUACUGAUGUGCUGAUAAAAAUCAAAAUAAAUUCUAUGAAGCUAUUUUAAAUAUGUAGAGGAAGUGUGCUGAAUCUUGUACAAGAAAAAGGUUAUAAUUGAAAUAAGCUUUGGUGCUUAUGCAAGCAAGCAUCUGAAACCAUUUACCAUUCCUCAUCUUCCUUAUGUGCCUCUGCGAAAUCAGUUUGGUUGGUCUCUUCUUCUCUGUAAGUUUCAGUAAGCAUGUGAUUCUCUUGAUCUUUCUGCAAAUUUGGAGGAAUGUAAAAAAUAAUUUCCCAGGAAAGGAACAUGAACAGGACUGCCAGAGACAAAGCAGCUGUAAUAUGUGGGAGAGUUAACAGUAAGAUUUUUCCAGUCAAAAGACUCCCACAAAGUGUAGGUAGCCUAAUAGAGCUGUGAAGCUAGUUGGUGAGUUUUAUGCAGAAAGUUGGCUCCUAAAGCAGAUAAUAGUGUGCAAACUUUUAGUUCUAGGAGGAAGCUUCAUUGGCAUCAACCAGGAAUGGGGUUUUCAAAAUAUUUCUUGAAAAUCCUUUGACAUCAACACAAGGAUUGCUUAGUUGACUGUAACAGUGGAGGCUGUGGCAGCUAGAGAAGGCAUCGGUUUUGUUGAAGGUGGUGCUUGGAAAGUCAUUAAAAUCUGAAGACAGGUCCCUUAAGGAUGACUCUCAGGUAAUUCUAAAGGAGUGCAUUCUUAUGAUGAGUUAUGCCUGUUUGGUUCACCUCUGAUUAGAGAGGUUAAAAAAGUGGGAAGCAUGCCUAGAAAAUGCCGAUUUUUGUAUUGAUGUGCACAUUUCAGGAUACUCCCUUGAUUCAGGGAGCACGAAAACAAUUUUAUUUAGUUUUGAAAGUCAAAUUGUAUUUUUUACCAUUGGAUUUUA